AUGUUGACUAACGAAAAAGACUAUGAAAUUUUACGUAAGUUAGAAAUUUUGGCAGAGACAGACUCUAUUGUGAAACGACAAGACGAACAUUGUUUGAUACGUGACAAAAUUAACGACUACAUGCGUAAAGCAUAUGAUAAAAAUUCUCGGACAUAUAAUUUAAGAUCAAGGACUAAAGACUUUACAGUGGGACAGGAAGUAUACAGACGGACAUUCAACCAAAGUUCUAAGGCAGAAUACUAUAAUGCUAACUUAGCUCCGGUAGGAUUAAAGGCCACAGUUUUACGCAGAAUUGGCCAAGUUUACUAUGAAUUGCAGGAUAUAGAAACAGGAAAUAAGGGAACCUAUCAUGCUAAGGACAUUUGGUUAUAG